UCUGCUGUCAAUGUCAAAAAAAAUAUCUUGAUUUUGUGGGUUUUCAUACAAUGAAAAUUUAUUUUCCAUUUUCAUUGCCAAUUUUGCCCCUCAUUUGAUCAAGUGCUGACGUUGUUAAUUAUUACUAAUGUCUGCAAUGAACACUUUAAAUACGGAUGACGUUGUAGAUUUCAAUAAAAUAUGUCGAGCGUGUUUAUCAGACUCUGGCCCAUUCAAGGAUUUGUUUUUAGUUUGUACUCCAGAAAUGUACAAGUACUGUACAUCGGUUGAGGUUUCUAAAACAGAUGAGUUACCAAAACAAAUCUGUCAAAAAUGUCUGGAGGCGCUCAACAAACUGUUUUUCUUCAAGGAAGUUGCCAUUCGUUCUAAUGCUAUUUUAAAGAAACAAGCUGCGAAGACUAAAAUAAAACAAGAAGGCCAGGGGAGUGCAAGUGCAGAAAAUAAUUCAAACGAUGACGAUGAUAGCUCCAGUGACGACAGCAGUUCCAGUGAGCCAGCAGCCGAAGCUCCCAGAAUCACAGGAAAAUAUAAAUCAACACGGAUCGUCAGAAGGAAUACGCGUUUGAAGUGCGCUAAGUGUGACCGAUCAUUCCAGAAGUACGAAAACUUCGAAGCUCACAUGAGAAGUCAUUUUGGUAAAAAGCCAGACAUAAAAUGCGACCACUGUGACAAGACAUUCAAUUCGCUGAAGAACCUCCACAGUCACAUGCGAACACACACAGGCGUCCGAAAGUACCAGUGUAGGACGUGUGGCAAGAGGUUCAUGUAUCUCAACGUGUUGAAGAACCACGAACUGAUCCACUCCGGUGACAAGAAGCACGCGUGCCAUCUGUGCGAUGCGAACUUCGUGCAACUUUACAACUUAAAGAGACACUUAGAAACCCACACCAAUGAAAAGAACUACGGAUGCGCGCAGUGCGGGAAGAAAUUCGCCCAGCCCGGCAACCUGAAGAUCCACCUGAUAAGGCAUACCGGGAUCAAGAACAUAGCGUGCACUUUGUGCGACAUGCGCUUUUAUGUGAAGAGUGACCUGUACAAGCACAUGCGCUCGCACUCGUCGGACCGGCCGUACUCGUGCGAGUACUGCGACAAGCGCUUCAAAUGCAAGAGCUUCCAGAUCGUGCACUCCCGGACGCACACAGGCGAGCGCCCCUACGCGUGCGAUAUCUGCCCGAAGCGUUUCCGCGCGUUCAAGGACCUGCGCAACCACCGCAUGAUCCACACGGGCGAGAAGCCGCACAAGUGCGCCGUGUGCGGGCAGGCCUUCAUACAGAAGUGCGCGCUCAACCGCCACAUGAAGGUCAGGACCUGCGCAACCACCGCAUGAUCCACACGGGCGAGAAGCCGCACAAGUGCGCCGUGUGCGGGCAGGCCUUCAUACAGAAGUGCGCGCUCAACCGCCACAUGAAGGUUGGUUGUAUGGUACACUGCUACUAACUAUAGGUCAGGACCUGCGCAACCACCGCAUGAUCCACACGGGCGAGAAGCCGCACAAGUGCGCCGUGUGCGGGCAGGCCUUCAUACAGAAGUGCGCGCUCAACCGCCACAUGAAGGUUGGUUGUAUGGUACACUGCUACUAACUAUAGGUC